UUCAUCUCCUAAUUUCCUUUUUUGGGUAAAACAGAGACAUGAAUGCUCUUGCAGCAACUAAUCGUAACUUUCGCAAGGCCAGUCGCAUUCUUGGAUUGGAUUCUAAACUUGAGAAGAGUCUUUUGAUACCUUUCAGAGAAAUCAAGGUGGAAUGUACAAUUCCUAAGGAUGAUGGAACCUUAGUUUCCUACAUUGGAUUCAGAGUUCAACAUGAUAACGCUAGAGGUCCUAUGAAAGGGGGAAUCAGAUACCAUCCUGAGGUUGACCAUGACGAGGUGAAUGCCCUUGCUCAACUAAUGACUUGGAAGACUGCUGUAGCAGAUAUUCCAUAUGGAGGAGCUAAGGGUGGAAUAGGGUGCAUCCCGAAAGAUUUAAGCAUUAGUGAGUUGGAGCGCCUUACACGUGUUUUCACUCAGAAAAUUCAUGAUCUUAUUGGAAUUAAUACUGAUGUCCCUGCACCUGAUAUGGGUACUAAUUCCCAGACCAUGGCGUGGAUGUUGGAUGAGUAUUCGAAGUUUCAUGGGCACUCACCUGCAAUUGUGACUGGAAAACCAAUUGAUCUUGGGGGAUCAUUAGGUAGAGACGCUGCAACUGGCCGUGGUGUAGUUUAUGCAACAGGUGCUUUACUUGCUGAAUAUGGAAAGAAUAUUAAGGACUUGACUUUUGUCAUUCAGGGAUUUGGAAAUGUGGGAGCUUGGGCAGCAAAGCUUAUUCAUGAGAAAGGGGGAAAGGUGAUUGCAGUGAGUGACAUAACUGGAGCAGUCAAGAAUCCUAACGGGCUUGAUAUAGCCGCUUUGAUGAAUCACAAAGAAGCAACAGGGGCAUUGACUGGUUUUAGUGGUGGAGACUCGAUGAAUUCAGACGAAUUGCUUACACAUGAGUGUGAUGUUCUCAUACCUUGUGCUUUGGGAGGAGUUUUGAACAGAGAAAAUGCUGAUCAUAUCAAGGCAAAGUUCAUAAUAGAAGCAGCAAAUCAUCCUACUGAUCCCGAAGCUGAUGAGAUCUUGUGUAAGAAAGGAGUUGUUAUACUUCCUGACAUUUAUGCCAAUGCUGGAGGUGUUACUGUCAGUUAUUUUGAGUGGGUUCAGAAUAUUCAAGGUUUUAUGUGGAAUGAGGAGAAGGUUAACAUGGAGCUUGAGAAGUACAUGACGAAAGCCUUCCAUAACCUGAAGAACAUGUGUAAGUCACACAACUGCAAUCUUCGUAUGGGUGCUUUCACAUUGGGAGUGAAUCGUGUUGCACGUGCUACAAUGUUAAGAGGUUGGGAGGCGUAGUCGUGGCACAACAUACAUAUACCCUUUGUUUGCUGGAUAAACCUAGUCGUUUUUAUAGUACAUUUGAAAACAGUUGUUAAAUAAUUCUUCACUGUUUUGCGGCUUCUCAUAUUAUUGCUACAUUGUAAAGUAUGUGCUGCAAAUUGAAUGGAAGAUAUAUAUAUAUA